UUUUUUUUUUUCCUUUAAUUAUUAUUAUUAUUAUUCUUUUUUAUUUUAUUCCAGUACAAUCUUUGUUUUAAAACAAAACAAAACCAAUAUUUAGAUUUAUUUAUUCAAACGACGAGAUUAUAUAUAAAAAAAAAAGGAUCUAUAAACAAAAGGGAAAUAAAACCAACUUGAAGAUCAACUUUUUUAUAUAUUUACAAGUUUACUUUAUAAAAAAGAAGAAAUGACUUUCUUAUUAAGAUCAAAGACAAAUAAUGAAACAGAUGGUAAAAAGCACAGAAAUUGGAUAAAUCAAAUGUUCUCAAGUUAUCAAAUACCUUUAGAUUUAGAUAAAGAUAAUGUGGAUCCCAUUAGUGGGAAUACUAUUCGUAUCCAAUCUCGCUGUUUAGGAACAGCUUCUAUUAUUCCUUUAACUCAAUCAUCUUUUCAUUUGAAUGCCUUGUUUUAUGAAAUCGCUGAUUCUGAAAUAUCUGAAAUCGCAUUUGACAAAAAGUCGCCAAGUAGUUGCAGUAGUAGUAGUAGUAGUAGUAGUAGUAGUAGUAGCAGUAGUGGUAUUAGUAACGGUAGCAGUGAUGAUGUUUUAUUGUCUUCUGUAUUGAUGACAACAAAUAAUGAUGAAAGUCCAUUCAUCCCUUCCUCUUCUUCUCCUCCGCCUCCUGUUGUCAUUUUGGAUUCUGAAAAGUCACCCAUGGCAUUACCACCAAAGAAACGAAAAAGACGCCGAGUAAUACGCUAUGAAGUCAUAUUUUGCUUGCUGGAAGAAGGUCCAUCACCAUCUCAUAUUGAAGAAAACAGUAUUGAUUUAUCAAGACAAUAUUAUCUAUUUCCUCGAGAGGCUAUAGUAGAGUCGAUAAAUGAAACCCCGCCCUUAGAGGCUAUUAUUUCCUUUCAUAUGCCAAAAGAAGCACAUUCUUUAUCGUAUGCUUCUAAAUUAGAAGAAUUUGCAUCUGUAUGUGCAACUAAUAUACCCGUUGUUCGUCAAAGAAGACGGUUUACUGAUCCUGGAUUACACGUUAGUUCUUUUCUAAGUAGCAUGAAAUCAAGACCAACUUCAGAAAAUAGUAACAUAGCUAAUAUACGAUUAUCUGGUGUUUCAAAGGUCUUGUAUGUCGCAUUAAAACAAACAGUUUUAAACUUUGAAACAAUGUAUGGAAAGAUGAUUGAAUUGAUGAAAUUACAUAAUCAACAAAUAUCAGCGCAAAAAUUGGAUUUAUUAGAUGAUAUUGUAGAUGAAGAAGAUUUAAAAUUUACAAAUAUGAUUGCACAUAGUUACUUAAGGAGAAGAAAGAGCCGCUACUAUAGUAGUGAUGAAGAAGAGGAAGAUGAUGAUGAUUAUGUUGAAAAUGAAAUGAAAGCAGAAGAUGAUGAGGACAUAACAAUAGAGCAACAAGAAGUUAGCUUCCAUCCUUUUAACAAACAUGCAAGGAAUGAUGAAGAUGAUUUAUCAACAAAAUAUUCAAGAUCUAAUAAUAACAACACGAAUGGAUUUGUAAAGAAAUGUUUAUAUUGUGGUUCUAAAAGUACACCCAUGUGGCGUCGUGGGCCUCAGGGCGCUGGUACGCUCUGUAAUGCUUGCGGUGUUAAAUGGAAACAUGGCAAAAUACUAUGUGGUAAAGAUACAAUAACAUCUACAGUAACCAAUAGCAAAAAAAAGAAGAAAAAUAAACAAAAGUAUAAUAAAAGAGAAAAGCCUAAAAAGAUGAAUAGCAGUAGUACAACGACAGAAGAUAUGGAUUAUAUCCCCUCAAAUAAAGAUUAUUUCAAUCAGCCAUCCAGCACAACGUCGUCAUUACCUAUCAAUCUUCAUCAAAGAAGACAUACAACAGAUAUGUCUCUUGUAGACAAGUUUGGAAUUGUGAACAAUACAUAUGCAUUGACUACUGCUGGAGUAGAUGCAGUAGAGGCUGCUGCUGUCUUGACUUUAUUAAAAAGAAGUUAAAAAGUUGUAAAUAAUAGCUGUCAUAUUUUAUUAUAUAUUUAU